UCUCUUCAACGUGACUUUACCGAAAAAACUAAGAAUAUAUAUCUGUACAGUUAUGUCUGGCACAUUUAUGCAUCAGGACCGUAUUCAACGGCUCUCCCAAAGAGCAUAAUGACUGGUAUAUUUUGUGAUUCCAGUGUGCACAUACGGGUAAGAUACAAAUGGUUUGACACACCAGCAAAAGAAACGUCGACACCAAAACUGAUAGCCGAAGUUCAUAAGCGUCUCAUGGCAGCAUAUUGCACACCCAAGUGAAGGCACUUCCUGCCCAACAGGUGCAAUUCCGGGACGUCGACACGAUGUAGCAUAUGUUCAGACGUCAAUCCACUACUGGAUGAGAGCCUUGCCACGACAUAUGUAUUCUUCCUCUCGGGUGUAAUUCCAAUCAUGGAUCUCUAACAAUGCUCCUAAAUGCACUUUUUUAGCUUCUUUGAUUCUUUCGGUAAUGUCACGUAGAAUGAGAAUAAGUGAGAAUAAAAUAAUAUUCUCAUUCUAAGUGACUUUACCGAAAGAACCAAAGAAGAUGAAUCCUUGCAGUCACGAAAGCUUUAAAUCUCACUUUUUUAGCUUUUGUUCCAGCAGGUAAAAUACACUAAAUACUCUUUUGUCGGGGCAUUUUGGUACGUUGCUUUUUCCAAAAGCACUCAACUUGCUCUCAUCGUCCUCUUAAAAAUGUAGGUUCCGGUCCACCUUCAUAAACAGUCCGAUUCUAUGACAUUAAAAUUUACAUUCAUUCUGAAUUUUCUCUUUAAGGGUUAUUAUCACCGGUGCCGUGUAAAUACAUGUCCACGUGUUGGGCUGCGUCCCAAAUAUCUUAGUUUAUAAAAUAUAUAAAGGACAUGCAUUUGAUUGUUUGCGAGUAGGAUACAGUACUUUUAUUUGAAAUAUGCAUUGUAAUCGUCCUAUCCUAUCGAUUUCUUUCAAAAAAACCUUUUGGGUACAAGGCUUACACGAGGCUGAAACAUGCUCACUGCCGUAUAACUUAACUACAGUGCUCUCGAUCUGUGAAUCGAGAUUAGCAGCAAGCCCUCCAGGGUGCAGCCUGCCGUGAUUAGUGCCGUGAUUACUUCCCAUCGGGAGCAUGCAGCCUAAUUCGCCCAUGAAUGGAAACGAUAUCUUAACGACUUGCGGUGAGCCACACCGUGGUGGUCGCGACGGCUGGAGAUUGAGAAACUCGAUUAAAGUAACCGCGCGCGUGCUGUGUCAAAUCACCUCCCAUUGCUAAUGAGCGCGCACGUGUAAUAUAAUAUCCACGUGUAGCGCCACUCGACGCCUCGAUCCACUGCGGUUCGCCAGCCACAGCAGGGGACCCCGGCUGCUUAAACCGCGAGUCGCAGGGACUCGUGCAGCGAGGUUCCCGCAUCGCGGUGUGCGAGUUCCCCCAUGCCGUCUCCGCUGCCAGUGGGGCGCUUUCGCCCUCGCCUCUCCUCCCCGCGGUCUGCCGCGGGCUCCCCCAGCAAGAGCUCCCCGCUCUCGGUCGCGUGUUGCUGCGCGUUCUCUCCACCGCUCACGCCCGCGCAGGACUUCUCUCCUCCUCCUGCUGCUGCUCCUGCUGCUCACGACCGACCCGGUUCGGUCAAUCUCUCGGCGCUGAGCCUCCAAGGCCGCCUGGGCUCGGGGGCUUUCGGCCGCGUGUUCGAGGGCUGCUACUACGGGCGGCGCGUGGCCGUGAAGCUGCUGUCGCUGCGCGGCGCGUCCAGCCUGCACGCGGAGCUGAACGCUGCGGGGCUGCGCCACCCCAACAUCGCGCGUCUCCUCGCUGCGUCCCCGCGGACCCUGGUGCUGGAGCUGGCGGGUCCCCGCAGCCUUCAGGGCCUCCUCUACGAGGGCGACGACGCGCCGCUGCCGUUGGCGACGCGCCUCGCGUACGCGCGGGACGUGGCCGAAGCGCUGCGCUUCCUGCACGGCCGCGACAUCGCGCACCUCGACGUGAAGCCCGGCAACGUGGUGCUGGCCCCCGACGGCGCCUGCAAGCUCUGCGACUUCGGCUGCUCGCGACGCCUGAGCGGCGAGACCCCGCGCCCGGCCGCGCCCGGCGGCACCUACACGCACCGCGCCCCCGAGCUGCUGAGCGGCGGCGCCGUGACGUCCGCCGCGGACGUCUACUCGCUCGCGGUGACUCUGUGGCAGCUGGCGACCCGGGAGGCGCCGUUCCCGGGCGAGGAGCCGCACUGCGUGGUGUACGCGGUGGUCGCCCGCGGGGCCCGUCCCUCCUUCCCCGCCGGCUUCGGAGAGCGCGGCGGGGACGACCCCGAGGCGCGCGUCCGAGCCCUCGUGGAGCGGGGCUGGGCGCCGCGGCCCCUGGGUCGCCCCCGCGCCGGCAGCGUGGGGGUGGCGCUGGGCGAGAUCGUGACGGCCGCGCGAGGCGGAGGAGGAGGUGGAGGAGACGGCGGCGGCGGUCGUGUGCGGUGA